AAGCUCGAUCCAAUGUCGCCGCCUCUGCCGGCGAUCGCCAAGGAGGCGUGGAAGGGCUGCAGCGUCAUCCUGGACAUCAACGACGGCGACCGAGUCAUCUUCAGCCGCCUCACCCCUCGCGCGACGGUGGACAUAGGGGGCAGGAAAUGCUCGCUGCAGCCUCUCGUGGGUCGCCCCUUCGGCUCCACCUUCCGCGUCGAACCUUGCGAUUCCGAAGGCGGCGACUACUCCGGCGUCCUCGUCUCCUACGCCACUGACGCGCCAUCUCGCGAUGAUGAUCCAACGCAAGAUGGCAAAGAGCACGAACGGAGGGACAAUAGGUCCCUCGUUGACAACAAUACAGCUCAAACUUUGUCUAGCGACGACAUAGAGGCAAUGAAGAGGAAUGGCCUAAGUGGUGACGCGAUUGUGGAAGCUUUGAUAGCAAACAGCUCUACAUUUGGAAAGAAGACUAUGCAGUCACAAGAGAAGUAUAUACUAAAGAAACAGAAGAAAUAUGCACCUAAAUUGCUUUUGCGACGGCCGUCUGCCCGAAGCAUUUGUGAGACAUAUUUGAAGCAAAAUGCAGAUCGGACAGGGUUUAUGCGAGUAGACUCACUGUCGCUCUUGUUGUCUAUGGCAAAUGUUGGAGCAUAUUCAGAUGUGCUUGUGGUCGAUAUGGUUGGAGGUUUGGUUGUUGGCGCAGUAGCUGAACGCUUAGGAGGUACAGGGUAUGUUUGCAGAACAUAUCUUGGGACAGUGCCCAGCUCCAUAGAUAUUGUGGGAAUCUUUAAUUUUAGCAGUGACGUGACUAGCAGGAUUGUCCAAUCACCACUCAGCGACCUCUACUCCUUGCGAAAUUCUGGCAAUGCACCUUGUGUUCUCAAUGAUAGCAUUCAAGGUGAGGCGGACGAACCUAGUGCGGCAUCAGAUUGCAAGCGUGAUGAUUGCGCCUCAGUAGCUUCCACAUCAGCUAAAGCGGGAAUGGCGCCAUCAUCAGAGAGGAUGAAGUAUUGGAGGGAACAUGGUUUUAGCAGUUUGAUCGUUGCUGCACCGGAGUAUGAGCUUGGAAGUUAUGUGUCUGAUCUGCUUCCGCUGUUGUCUUAUUCGGCUCCAUUUGCUAUCUAUCACCGAUGUCUGGAGCCUCUUGCGACAUGCAUGCACAGCUUGGUAGUAUCAGAAAUGGCCGUCGGAUUACAGAUUUCUGAACCCUGGCUUCGUGAAUACCAGGUCCUCCCAUCGCGAACUCAUCCUCACAUGAAAAUGAAUUCGUUUGGUGGCUACAUCUUGAGCGGGAUCUGGGUACGCAAGCCUGAAGCAUACAGCGGGGAAUAGGAAUACGCAACCUGAUGCAUGUAGCGGGGAGUGAAUACGCUUUACCUCAAGUACACACACACAGAGGCACAGAUAGUCAGAUAGUGCCGCGUAUCUGAUCACUUUGUUGACCAGGAUAUUCAUGUUCUUGACACUAUACUGAUCGACCAGUACAGUUAACAGCUAACUGCUUCUUAGCAAAUAAUUGACUUAGCUAAGGAAGAAGAUUAAGUGCA